UCAACACAUAUCCAAAAAGAAAACAAUAAACAACGGUUUCGAAAAAAAAAAAACAGAGUGGACGGUUUCUUGCCAUUACAAUCUAAAUUACUGAUUCAUUGUAGGCUUAAUUUUGUCUUUUUUUGUUAUAUAAUUUUUUUCUCUAAUAAGCCUCGCCUACAGAAAUAUAAACAUAAGCCACACUGAGCCAAAUAUUCUACAACUGAAGGACCACUUUUCAAGAUGACACAGAGGGGAUCUGAUAUAAGAGCCAGAGAAAAUCAGUCGAAAUUUGCGCAGCAAAGGAUCGUCAAUGUCGAGAAACACUUUUCAGCCCUCUGUCAAAACAUGUCAACAUAUGCCAGGAAGGUAGCCAAGUUGCGCGAUGCUGGCGACGACAUUUCCAAGACUUUGUUACAGUACGCGGAGAGUGAAAUGCAGACUACGAAAGCUGGCAUGACGGGGCUUGCAGAGCAGCUGUCUGCUGUGCAAGACUACCGCCAUGCUCAGGUUGAGCGACUUGAGUACAAGGUGGUUCAACCGUUGAGUCUCUAUGGAACAGCUUGCAAGCAUGCAAAGGAUGACUUGAAAUCAUCUUUUUCGGCAAGGGAUAAAGAACUGAAUGAACAGAAGAAACUGGAGAAAGUUCGGCAGAAGAAGCCGGGAGACAGGCAACAGAUUUCCCAGGCUGAAUCAAAACUCCAGAAGGCAUCAGUAGAUGCAUCCAGAUCUAACCGGGCUCUAGAAGAACAAAUGGACACGUUUGAGAAAAAGAAAAUGGAAGACAUUAAGACUAUAUUAAGAGAGUUCUUGACAGUUGAGAUGCUGUUCCAUUCCAAGUGUUUAGAAGUGUACACAAACGCUUGGCAAUGUAUCAAUUCUAUAAGUGACGAUGAUGAUCUGGAGGAAUUUAGGAACAGUUUACGACCGUUAGGGAGCAAUGGAGGCGGUAGUCAGACCCGUCUUAACCUUUCCCACCAAGGCUCUAAGGCAUCGCUAAAUUCAACCGGUCAAUCGAAAAACUCCACCAUGGAUAAAAAGCAAACGAGUAAGAAUCAGAAAGACAAGACGACUGUUCAAGAUUGGGAUGAUGAUGACGAUGAUGAUGAUGAAGACGAUUAUGAUGAUGAUGAGGAAGAUGAUGAUGAUGAGUAUUAAAUUACAAAAUAUGUGAUUAGUUACUUUGUUGUGUAAUUUGCUGUGAGAAUUGUAUUUAUCAAAAUGCUUAAUGUAGAAUCUGUGUGUACAGUGUAUGUGUUAAUUUAAAAAAAAAAAUAAUUGCAAAUUGUACUUAAAGUAAAUGUGUGUAAAAACAGAGGCUGUGAAAAAUAAAAUAAUUAUUAGUUAUAAAUAUCUCAAAUUGAGACUAAAACAUAUUUUAGAAUAAUAUGGUAAGGGGAUUAUGAGUAAUAGUAAUGAGUUAGAAAUAAUGGGUUAUAAUAUGUGAUAUAGAUAAGUGAUAGCAAGGAAUUUGAUGGGAGAUGGUAAGAAAGCUCAGUAGGAGAUGAGCAAUAUGCUGGUAGUUGGGAACUGGUUAAGAGGGUGAAGGUAGUGUUAUGGUGAAAGUGGGUGUUGGUAAUGUUAUGGUAUAACACAAUUCUACUUUACAUUGUAUACUGUAUUAUGUAUAAUUUUCAUUGAGGUCUGCACAUCAUGUGCUAUAUAAUAGACACAUUAUUGGGCCAAAAAACUGUUAUGUUGCCCAAGCAGUGCGAUAUUUGAAAAUCAAAGGGUCGGUCACUCAAAAAUUUUGUUUUAACAUAGAAAUAAUUCUAGGUCUAACUCAAAUUCAAAAGUGGCCUUUUCAAACUUCAUACCAGUACAGUAUUUUGAAAUAAAAAUGUUUUUUUUUUAAUGUUGAUCCUGGAUUUUCAGAAUUUGGGUUGGUCAGGCUUGGGCAGCGUAAUUGUUUUGGUCUUGUCAUUGAGCCAUUAGUUAUAUAGGACAAAGGGCUUAGUUUUUGAUAAUACUGUACCUUGAGAAACAAAACCUUGAUUUUUGCUUCCAUGAUUUCUUAUAAUCCUUGUAUUUGAUUGGCCAAUAAUUAUAUGAUUAAAGAUAUUGUAGGGAUAAUCAGGACUUAGAUACUUUAGAUUAACUAAAAAUGACAGGAAUAUUUCUCUGUAGCUUGGUUUCCAUACAAUUGCUACAUGCUAUCACCGACAGCUUUCGAUGAUGCUGAUUGGUCGGUCGAAUCAGGGAGCCUACCCGAUUGCGUUGGGGACUGCAAUGCAGUACAAAGAUUGCACUGAAAACACUGUAGCGAUUUUAAGGAAACCUAAGGCUUGUCACAUGUUUAAUGUUUUAGUAUGAUACUGUAUUAAUAUUUUAGCAGUGGUGACUCCAGAAGUUUGCUGCAGAGGAGUCCAGCAACUCUGUUUGGAGGAUCUGAACCAAGGAGGCUCCGUCUGGUUCCUAGAAUAAAAUCCUUGGUGGGGUUAAUGUGGAAAAAAUGUUAUGGUGUAGGAUAGCCCGAAAUUGUGCUUUUAGACCACAACACUACAGAUUGGCAACACAAUAAGUUUGCGGUUUCAUGUUUGACAGAAGAAAUUGCCCUCCCCUGACCCCUUCUGGUGCCACCACUGCUUCUGAGUGUACUGCAUACAUCACCUUGUGAGUGUCUGAUCAGUAGAUUGGGUGUUUUACUAUUUAUUAAAUUCGGGAAUGAUGCUAACCAAUACAAUUUCUGCAAUCCACCUUGUGAUGUUUUUAACUUUAUAUAUCAAAAUCCUAUCGUAUAUAUCUGGACUUGAUGAAAUUAAAUUAUAGAUUUUUAGCUGCACUAUUUAUUACAUAUUUUAAACCAGCAAGAGUUGAAUUUUAAUGUACUAUAUUGUAUUAUCCAAUUUAGACAUCACCAUGUUUUAUAAAACCUUGAAUUUAACAAUACUUAAUAUGUGAUUAAUAUUCUUAACAUUCUAUCGCCAGGCACACAUACUGCGUUGUAUGGCAGUUGGCCACCAUUAUUUUCUAUGAGCGCUUGACGAAGAAACACUGUUUGCUGAUUGUCUAUGGCAGUUUGAUUGAAUUGCCAUUAAAAAAAGCUAUUCGCUGCAAGUGCUUUGUCCUGUUGCGUUCUCUAUGGAGUCACUUUGGCUAAAAACAUUGGCGCAGUGUGCCGGAAUUUAGAAGUGUUACUGUUUGAAUAUAGUGUACAGUAUAUGUUGUAUAAUGUAUAUUUAAGGAUUAUAAGGCUAUUUUCAAACUGUAGUUUACUAUAUUGAUUGACUCAGUCUCAACAAUACAAUUGGGGGGCUACAUUGUAUUAAUUGGCAAAAGUUCUGAGGGGAUUCGGACUGGGAACAAAUCAAUAUUUACUUAAAAUGGCAAAAUUAAAAAAUAUUGUCAACAUAAAAAAUGUUUAAAGUGGAAUCCAGGAUUUUCAAUAUAGGUGGGGUGGUGAUAGUAGGGUCAUCUGGAUCUGCAAUCAUUUGGUUAGGUAACAUACAUACCUACUGCCUUUAACUAAAGUCAUACAGUACAUUCAAGUUUUACGUUACUUAUUGCCGAAUUUGUGUGACUAAUGGACCUUUCUGCUAAUCCCUACCCCCAAGGAUGAGUUUCUAAGGUCACAAAAAAUGAGUGUUAACAUAAGUUAAGUUGCAGUAACGAACCAGUUAUUACUUAAUUUUGUUAUAUACAUGUAUUCGUUGAUGGAAUAUGCUUUCAUCUACUGUACAUAUUUAUUGAAGUUUUAGAAAAAAAUAAAUAUAUGAAAUGAGAAUUGAUAGAA